CUCCAAGUUAGGCGCGCUGUUGGCUGUCAACGUUCUUUAGGACCUCAGGGAAACCGGGACAUUUCUGGCUUUAGGACCCAGGAACUCCGAGGCAGCCUAGACUUAGAUGCCUUGGACCACAGCACCACCUACUUAUAGAAGCAUCCCAAGCCUCAGCCGGUCUGCAUCUCCAUCGGAAAGUGCGCUUGCCACAUCCCUUCGGAUCACUUCGUCCUCCCGAGAGCGUUCUGCCUUCUACAGCUCGGAAAGAAAGAAAUCUUAGCUGUGAAGUGACCGUGGAGAAAGCGCAGGAAGCGACACAAUUGGUUAGGGAGGCAGAGAGUGUGAGCGGGCGCACCCCUUGCCUGGGGACCGCGCUCGCGGGCGGGGACGGAGCAUCCCAGUGGCUGCACCCGCCGCUCCGCGCUCCUGCCUGGCGUCGCCAACCCCGCGGCGGCCGCUGGAAUUCCAGAGCUGCCAGGCGCUCCCAGCCGGUCUCGGCAAACUUUUCCCCAGCCCACGUGCUAACCAAGCGGCUCGCUUCCCGAGCCCGGGAUGGAGCACCGCGCCUAGGGAGGCCGCGCCGCCCGAGACGUGCGCACGGUUCGUGGCGGAGAGAUGCUGAUCGCGCUGAACUGACCGGUGCGGCCCGGGGGUGAGUGGCGAGUCUCCCUCUGAGUCCUCCCCAGCAGCGCGGCCGGCGCCGGCUCUUUGGGCGAGCCCUCCAGUUCCUAGACUUUGAGAGGCGUCUCUCCCCCGCCCGACCGCCCAGAUGCAGUUUCGCCUUUUCUCCUUUGCCCUCAUCAUUCUGAACUGCAUGGAUUACAGCCACUGCCAAGGCAACCGAUGGAGACGCAGUAAGCGAGCUAGUUAUGUAUCAAAUCCCAUUUGCAAGGGUUGUUUGUCUUGUUCAAAGGACAAUGGGUGCAGCCGAUGUCAACAGAAGUUGUUCUUCUUCCUUCGAAGAGAAGGGAUGCGCCAGUAUGGAGAGUGCCUGCAUUCCUGCCCAUCCGGGUACUAUGGACACCGAGCCCCAGAUAUGAACAGAUGUGCAAGAUGCAGAAUAGAAAACUGUGAUUCUUGCUUUAGCAAAGACUUUUGUACCAAGUGCAAAGUAGGCUUUUAUUUGCAUAGAGGCCGUUGCUUUGAUGAAUGUCCAGAUGGUUUUGCACCAUUAGAAGAAACCAUGGAAUGUGUGGAAGGAUGUGAAGUUGGUCAUUGGAGCGAAUGGGGAACUUGUAGCAGAAAUAAUCGCACAUGUGGAUUUAAAUGGGGUCUGGAAACCAGAACACGGCAAAUUGUUAAAAAGCCAGUGAAAGACACAAUACCGUGUCCAACCAUUGCUGAAUCCAGGAGAUGCAAGAUGACAAUGAGGCAUUGUCCAGGAGGGAAGAGAACACCAAAGGCGAAGGAGAAGAGGAACAAGAAAAAGAAAAGGAAGCUGAUAGAAAGGGCCCAGGAGCAACACAGCGUCUUCCUAGCUACAGACAGAGCUAACCAAUAAAACAAGAGAUCCGGUAGAUUUUUAGGGGUUUUUGUUUUUGCAAAUGUGCACAAAGCUACUCUCCACUCCUGCACACUGGUGUGCAGCCUUUGUGCUGCUCUGCCCAGUAUCUGUUCCCAGUAACAUGGUGAAAGGAAGCACCACCAGCAUGGCCCCUGUGUUAUUUAUGCUUUGAUUUGAAUCUGGAGACUGUGAAGGCAGGAGUAAGUGCACAGCCCGUGACUUGGCUCAGUGUGUGCUGAGAGAAUCCGUCCCCGGCACCAUGGACAUGCUAGAGGUGUGAGGCUGCAGAACACCGCUGGAGGACGGACUUGUGCCUAUUUAUGUGAAAGAAGAUGCUUGGCAGGCAAUGCGCUAUUCACUCGUGACCUUUAUUUCUCACAUUGUGCAUUUUCAAGGAUAUGUUUGUGUGGAUAUCUGCUUAGUGUUACCACAUGGUAUUCUCAGCAUGUUACCUUCACACUGUUGUGCGAUGAAACUGCUUUUAGCUGAGGAUACGCUCUGGAAAUUCCUGCUCAGUUUCACUGCAGCCCUAAUAUGUACAUAUACUGCAGGAGCUACAUAUAAAGCUCUUAUUUACUGUAUAUUUAUGCUUUCUUGUGGGUAACAAGUCAUACCUGAUUAAUAUGAUGCCACUUUGUUUCUAGUGGUUCCUAACCCAUUGUCUGAUAAAUGACUUUUCUAGUUUGGGGAAUUGACACUUGUUUUGUUGCCUCUUGAAACUUUUUUUUUCCCCCUCAUUGUGGGCUUAUUUCUCAUUGUAAGGGUAGGAUAAACUAGUUUUUGUAUAUAGAGUCAAAUGACCAGUGUCAAAGAGUUUGCAUAUUGGGUAGACCUUCUUCACUUCACAUGUCCCACACAUAUAGAUAAAGCAGCAGGUGGCAUCUGGCAAUCAGAAGCCCAAACUGCCUUUCAGUCUAAGAUGUGAUGACUUUGAUGAAACACAACUGAAAACAUGAGGGACUAUAUCCAGUCACUUGUAGCCAGUUUCACAGGCCAGCUACAGAAUUGUCCAAACAUUAUUUCUGACUGCAAUUUUUUUUCCCCCAAAUUUAAAGCAAUCCCUGGCUUUAAAUGACAAGGCACCUACCAAUGUUCUUGGGUCACUGAAGAAGCUACUACCAUGAGCCUGUGCAUAGAAUUUUAGGAGAUAAAAGGAUGAAUUUCUGUGACUGCCAGUCAGAUCUUAACAGGUUUCUGUUGAGCCAGAAUCUGUUUCAGAUCCAAGAUGGAGAGGAACACUAUGGAAACUUCCCAGGUGACUUUCAGAGCAGUUGUUUCAAACACAUCAUUGUCCUUUUAGGGGAACCAGUUUUUAGAAGGUUGUGAAUUGGCUUUUUCACAAAGCAUUAUUAUCUUCCUGGCUGAUCCAGGAGAAAAUUAGAACAGAAAAAUAAUGGUUGUGGAUUUUGAAACAAAGCAAGGUAAAGCCUUUUUUUUUUCACCUUGCAUUGGCAAAACUACCUCUUCAGUGUUUUUGUUUAACUUUUGAUUCAAAAGCAUCUUACCAAUAAGGAUAAAUAUCAUAUACAUCGUUAUGAAAAUAUUGCUAUGAGAUAAUAAGCCACAUAUGAAUGUUGUAUACAACUUUAGGGUUUGCAUUUAAUCCUGAAGUGUUACCUCCUUUCAUGUCUAUUUACACUAUUUUCCCAUUUACUAAGUGGGGAGGGGGUCUCCUUAUAUAGUGCUUCAUCGUUAAUAAGUCAAUACCUGUUGUUCCUGGGAUGUUCUUUUUUGUGCAUUAAAAACUUCAAAAUUA